GAAAUAUCAAAUGGUUCCAAGACAGUUUAAAACGGAGCGUUGUACCAUACUCAGAGAAGACUCUCUGAAACUGAAAAACCAAAAUCGGUGAUAACGAAACUUGGAUAUCUCAUGUUGUGUGUGUUGCGCUGAACUAACACUGAAGUGUUGUUCUUUCUGUUCGGAGCAAUGUUGCUGAAGCUGCAGCUAUUGUACACCCAUACACCUCUCCUCUCAAACGCAAACGCGGUUCUUCUGUCAGAGAAGCCCGAGCAAGUUACCCCCACAAGCAGAAAACAUAGACUCCCUCUUCAUAACGGAACCGGCACGGUUAAGCCAGAGACCAACUUAAAGAAAUGCGGUCCAGUGCAGAAUUCGGAAGAGGGUGUUCCCAGAAAGAGAAAACCGGAGAAGUCGCACACCAAGUGUUCGACGAAACGCGUCUCUUACGGUGGAUGCAUUCCCGCGAUUUUAGAAGCGUUGGAUGCGGUUCUCGACGUGGAUGAGGCCCUUGGGCCGUGGGAAGACAGGAUUAAUAACAAGGAGAGGAGCAUUAUUUUGAAGGAGCAGUUGAGGUGGGAUAGAGCUUUGGAGAUUUUUGAGUGGUUUAAGAAGAAAGGUCACGAAUUGAACGUGAUUCAUUAUAACAUCACGCUGAGGAGCCUCGGGAGGGCACGCCAGUGGAGACGCGUGGAGAGUUUGUGGAAUGAGAUGAAUGCCAGAAGCAUUGCUGCCACCAGUUCUACUUAUGGAACUUUGAUCGAUGUUUAUAGCAAAGGAGGGCGCAGGGAAGAGGCGCUCUUUUGGCUUGACAUGAUGUUGGAAAAUGGGGUGGAGCCUGAUGAGGUCACUAUGGUGAUUGUUGUUCAGUUAUAUAAGAAAGCAGGAGAGUUUCAGAAAGCCGAGGAGUUUUUCAAAAAGUGGUCUUCGGGUAAACCUUUGAGGAGCAAAAGCAAACCUUUGAGAAUCAAUGAUGAAGGGGUGGAUACUCGGGAAUUGGAUGAAAGGGUGGCGUGUGCUGAUGUUUCAUUCAGCUCGCAUACUUAUAAUACCUUGAUUGAUACGUACGGAAAGGCUGGUCAACUUAAAGAGGCAUCCGAGACUUUAAUGGAGAUGCUUAAACGAGGUGUGGCACCCACUACAGUGACGUUCAAUACGAUGAUUCAUAUUUGUGGAAACCAUGGACAACUAGAGGAAGUGAGUUUGCUUGUCCAGAAGAUGGAAGAGCUGCGAUGCUCGCCUAACACAAGAACGUAUAACAUUCUUAUCUCUCUUUAUGCUAAGCAUAAUGAUAUAGGUAGGGCAACAAAGUAUUUUGAAGCAAUGAAGGAAGCCUGCCUCGUGCCUGAUCUUGUGAGUUACCGUACUCUCUUGUAUGCAUACUCCUUAAGGAAAAUGGUUCAUGAAGCAGAAGAGCUUGUAAGAGAGAUGGAUGACCGGGGUCUUGAAGUUGACCAAUAUACCCAGUCUGCGUUGACUAGGAUGUACAUAGAAGCAGGAAUGCUCGACAGGUCCUUGUUAUGGUUUCUGAGGUUUCAUCUAACUGGAAAUAUGACAUCUGAGUCCUAUGCUUCCAACAUUGAUGCAUAUGGGGAACGUGGGCAUACUUUGGAAGCUGAGAAAGUCUUCAUUUUGUGCCAAGAACGGAAAAAUCUCAGUGUCCUUGAGUUCAAUGUGAUGAUUAAAGCUUAUGGCGUGGGGAAAUGCUAUGAGAAGGCAUGCCAAUUGUUUGAUAGUAUGGAAAAACAUGGCGUAGUUGCAGAUAGAUGCAGCUAUACUUCUCUCAUACAAAUUUUGGCCAGUGCUGACCAGCCAUAUGUUGCCAAAACUUAUCUGAAAAAAAUGCAGGAGGCAGGGCUAGUAAGUGAUUGCAUCCCAUACUGUGCAGUGAUUUCUAGCUUUGCAAAAUUAGGCCUGUUGGAAAUCGUUGAAGAUUUAUACAAGGAAAUGAUUAACCAUGAUGUGCAGCCUGAUGUUAUAGUUUACGGCGUAUUGAUCAAUGUUUUCUCUGACGUUGGAAGGGUUAAAGAAGCCAUCAGUUAUGUUGAUGAAAUGAACAAAGCUGGCUUGCCAGGGAAUACAGUUAUAUAUAAUUCUUUGAUCAAAUUGUAUGCAAAAGUUGACAACCUGGAAAAGGCAGAAGAAGCAUACAAGUUGCUUCAAUUAUCAGAAGAAGCUCCUACUGUAUAUUCUUCAAACAGUAUGAUUGCUCUUUAUGUUAAGCGGUCAAUGGUUGACCAAGCAAAAGAGAUAUAUGAGACAUUAAAGAAAAAUGGAGCUGCAAAUGAAUUUACGUUUGCGAUGAUGCUGUGUUUGUACAAGAAAAUGGAGAUUUAUGAUGAAGCCAUUCAAAUUGCAAAGCAGAUAAGAAAAUUGGGACACUUGACAGAUUUAAGUUAUAACAAUGUGCUUAACCUAUAUGCUAUUGCUGGCAGACCCAAGGAAGCAAUGGAGACUUUUAGGGAAAUGUUAAGUGCUUCCAUUCCUAUUGAUAACUUUAGCUUUAAAUCGCUUGGAAAUCUUUUGCUGAGAUAUGGAGUAUCAAGGCAGGCUGUUGGCAAAUUAGAAGUGUUAGUGAAAAAGGAUGCUUCCAACGGUUUGCUGGCAUGGAUGUCUGCACUCGCAAGUGUUCUUGAAGUAGAUGAUUAUGAUCACGACUAGAUAUAUCCUGUGCAACUUAUACCUUACUUAUUUAAGUAUACAGAGCUCAGUUGAUUGCUUAAAGGAGACGAGAAUUGAACCAGGUUGAUAAGUUGCACCCAGUCUUUCACCAAUUCAAAUUUCCUUACGACUCUGGAUGGAGGUAUGAAGAUCACCUUGUACCUUUUGCCAAAUACAGACCAAGAAAUGCUUUAGUCCGAGGCUUCGAACCAAUGACAGCCAGAACGAAUCCAAGAAAAUCCUUAAAUUUGGAUGGACCGUCGUAUACUCAAGUGUAAAUUGUAGAAAAAAUAGUGCACUUCAAAAAACCCUCGUAUAAAUUAUGUGAGUAAAUCCCUUUGUCAGAGUGAUAGGGAAGAUUCCUCAACUUCUUUUAUUUUUACUAUGUUCCGCUAUCACUUGAUGAAAAUCACGUUCUUUCUUGGAAAAAUAUGCGCCUCUUGCAAGGUUUGAGUUGUCGAAAUAGAGAUGGAGAGUAUUUUUAAGCGUUAUUGUACUUGUUAUAUUUAGUAAAUCAAUAAUUUCUCAGUAGACUUUUGAUCUUGAAGGACAUGUUCAACCUACGUCAAUGGUAAUUGGCAAUUCAUUGUUUUGAUAUCGUACUACCACCAUUUCAUUAAGAAAAUAAGAUUAAUAAAAAAUACUCUUUGAAAUGGAAAAUCACACUACUACCACCCUUU